AAAAUUAUUUAUAUCCCCGUAAACCCUUGAAUUUGAUGCUUUGAGUUGGUCAUUUGAAGUUAGGAGUACGAGUGUGUGCAACUGUAACGCAAUGUUGGGAGGGGUAUCCAAAACCUUCACACAUUUGAUGGGAGGAUCUUUCCCAUUCAUCUCAACAACAAAAGAAACCAAAAUCAAACGUCCACCAACUAACCUCUCUUUUCCAUUCAAUGGCUGUCGUUGCACCACUUCCGCGGCUCAGCUUCCCCUCUCUGAGUCAGCAACUCCCGGUCAGUUCCGAGUCGACAUCCUCUCGGAAUCGCUUCCUUUUAUCCAAAAAUUCCGAGGCAAAACCAUCGUCGUCAAGUACGGUGGCGCCGCCAUGAAAUCACCGGAACUCCAGGCCUCCGUCAUUAACGAUCUUGUCCUUCUCUCCUGCGUCGGCCUCCGUCCUGUCAUGGUUCACGGUGGCGGUCCUGAGAUCAACCACUGGCUCAGCCGUCUCAACAUUCAAGCCGUUUUCCGUGAAGGCCUCCGUGUUACCGAUGCCGAAACGAUGGAGAUCGUCUCCAUGGUUCUCGUAGGUAAGGUUAACAAAACUCUCGUCUCUCUUAUCAACAAAGCCGGCGCCACAGCCGUUGGACUCUCCGGCAUGGACGGCCGCCUCCUCACUGCACGCCCUAGCCCUAAAUCAUCCGACCUAGGGUUCGUCGGCGAGGUCGCGAGAGUCGAUCCCGCUGUGCUCCGGUCUCUGGUCGACAGCGGACAUAUUCCGGUGGUUACAUCGGUGGCGGCUGAUGAGUUCGGACAACCUUAUAACAUCAAUGCGGACACGGUGGCGGGAGAAUUGGCAGCGGCGCUUGGAGCGGAGAAGUUGAUAUUGUUAACAGAUGUGGCGGGGAUAUUGGAAGAUCGGAAUGAUCCAGAGAGUUUGGUGAAGAAAAUUGAUAUAAAAGGAAUAAGGAAGAUGAUUGAAGAUGGAAGAGUUGGUGGUGGAAUGAUUCCUAAGGUUAAUUGUUGCGUGAGAUCACUCGCGCAAGGGGUUAAAACUGCGAGCAUAAUUGAUGGUAGGGUUCCACAUUCUUUGUUACUUGAGAUUUUAACUGAUGAAGGUGCUGGAACCAUGAUUACUGGCUAAUUUUAUUCACAUAUCAUCUUUCUGAUACUGCUUCUGCUUUUUAUUUUUAAGUUCACCUUCUGUUUUUAUUGUACCUUCAAGUUGUAAUACUUGAGUUUUUUUUUUUGUUAGAAUUUUGGGAUUUCAAUGUCUGGUGAUCCAACAUAACCUAAAUUAUUGUCCACUUUUAGGUGCUAGAACUAGAAAGCCAAAUGUGUAUGCCACUUAAUUAAACAUGUGACAUACUAGCACUUGUUUACCAACACAUUGUACUUUCAGCACAAUAAGAGGUUCUGAAAAUGUCUUGUUUUUUAAGAGCUUA